CGAGGGGUAUCUUUUGUGUCUCUUGUCUUCGUGCCCAAAGCCGGUCUCGUCAAAACCCUAAAACAGAUCUAGAGAAGGCGACUGAAGCUCGACCUCUUCUCUUCUCUGCGUUUUGUUCCGCUCCUGCGCGAUGAAGUCUUCGUCCUUGGCAGAUCUGUAGCUGCUUUUCUGUCCCGUUUCGCUUGGUGGGAGAAAACUACGAAGGGUCUUUGAAAGCCUCACGCUUCUUCGUAUCUCGCAUCACUUGUCUCCCAGAGCUGACUUUGGAACCGCGGGCUCUUGUUCGCGGCCUUUCCUCUCGCGGCCCCCGCCUAUCCAUCGCGUCUGAGGUCUCAGGAAUCCAUUUAUCCCCUUACAAAAAUGGCUGGUCAGAGGAAUAGCUAUGGGAAGCGGGCUCAUUCUCAGUCCGACUAUGCUGAGAAUGGGGGAAGUAAAAGGAGAAAUCCUGGUGAUGAUAGAGACCAGUUUGUUAUAAACUCGGAUGAUACUGUCUAUCGUUAUUUGUGCCCAGGAAGAAAGAUAGGAAGUAUUAUUGGAAGGGGAGGGGAGAUUGUCAAGCAACUAAGGGCAGACACUAAAUCCAAGAUUAGGAUUGGUGAGACAGUGCCUGGAUGUGAGGAGCGCGUUGUCACCAUUUACAGCUCCAGUGAUGAGACUAAUGCUUUUGAAGAUGGCAAUAAUUUUGUGUGCCCAGCUCAACAUGCUUUGUUUAAGAUUCACGAGAGAGUAGUUGCUGAAGAGUUGAAUGGUGAUGACGAUUCUGAAGGGCAGCAAGUUACUGCUCGUCUUCUUGUACCAUCUGAUCAGAUUGGAUGUGUCAUUGGCAAAGGGGGGCAGAUAGUGCAAAAUAUACGCAGUGACACUGGUGCACAGAUUCGGAUUCUUAAGGACGACCAUUUACCUUCAUGUGCAUUAAAUUCGGAUGAGCUUGUGCAGAUUUCUGGGGAAGCUGCAGUUGUGAGAAAGGCUCUCCAUCAGAUUGCGUCUCGCCUGCACGAUAACCCAUCACGAUCUCAGCAUUUACUCACUUCUGCUGUUCCUAGCAUGUAUUCUACUGGUGGUUCACUUAUUGGUCCUACUGCUGGUGCCCCAAUUGUGAGUGUAGCAUCAUUGAUAGGUCCUUAUGGAGGAUACAAAGGUGACACUGGUGAUUGGCCACGCACCUUAUAUUCAGCAUCCAGGGAUGACACUUCACCGAAAGAAUUCUCACUUCGCUUGGUCUGCCCAAUUGGAAAUAUCGGUGGUGUCAUUGGCAAGGGUGGCACCAUAAUCAACCAGAUAAGGCAAGAAUCUGGGGCUGCUAUAAAAGUUGAUAGUUCGGCAACUGAGGGAGAUGACUGCUUGAUUACUAUCUCAGCAAAAGAGAUUUUCGAAGAAGCAUUCUCUCCUGCUAUUGAAGCUGCAGUGCGUUUGCAACCAAGAUGCAGUGAGAAAAUUGAGAGAGAUUCAGGGCUCCUCUCAUUUACAACCCGACUGCUUGUGCCAACCUCAAGGAUUGGCUGUCUUAUUGGUAAAGGUGGGGCUAUUAUAACGGAGAUAAGGAGACUCACAAAAGCUAAUAUUCGCAUAUUGUCAAAGGAAAACCUUCCAAAGAUUGCUGCUGACGAUGAUGAGAUGGUGCAGAUUUCUGGAGAUCUUGACAUAGCAAAGGAUGCGUUGGUACAAGUAACAACACGGUUGAGAGCGAAUGUGUUUGACAGGGAAGGUGCAUUGUCUACUUUUGUGCCUGUUCUUCCGUAUCUCCCUGUGCCUGCUGAUGCUUCGGAUGGUCUAAAUUACGAUAGCAGAGAGAACAAAAGACAUCCACGGGGUCACUCCUAUUCUAGUGGAUAUGGUGGCUCCAGUGAUCUAGGAGUAGCUGACAGUUAUGGAGGAUAUGGUAGUCCGCAGAUUGGUGGUGGCGGUAGUGUAUAUGGUGUAUAUGGUGGCUAUUCUUCUGGACGUGCUGGCUCUUCUGGUUUCUUGAUUCUGACCAACAAUAUGUUGGUCAAUGUGCGGCAUCAGCACAAAUGGCAAUUCUGAAAUGGGGUUUAGGCUCAUGAGAGUGCUUAUGGUACUUGCGUCCUGGUGGGUUCCUUCAGCUAAUAUUAAGUUGAGAUUUAUAGUCUCAUGCUCUGCAAGUCUUUUUACACUCCAGAAUUGAAGCAUCUCAGGUGGGAGCUUUUGGCAAUUUCUGGGUCUUGGGUUUAAUGCCUCUGGAAGACUGAGUUUUACGGAUCUUAUAGGAUUCAUGAGUUCAUUGACAUCAGAUAUGUUUAGGAUUAGUCUCUCUCUCUCUCUCUCUCUCUCUCUCUAUAGGAUAGUGGAUGUUUUCAACUGAUUGAAAUGUGUAAUGCCCAUAAGGCAGUGUUCAUCUACCAAGAGUUCUUCAGACGUCAGAGACUUGUCCAGGUAUUGGCUUACAGUUAUUGGAGAAGGGUAGGUUUUGUCUACGAAUACAUUGUAUAUUGGGGUCUGGGGUUGUUUCUAACGUUUUGUCUCAUGCAUUUGUAUUACAUUGGCAGGACAUGAAAUCCCCGAGGUAUGGUUAGUAUAUAUAUAUAUACUUUUUUUUUUGCAGGGGUCUGGUUUGUAUUUAUAGUGAAGAUUUUCUCAUCUUUUUUCUUUCACUGAUCGAUGUUGGUAAUGAUAGCAUUAGGGGUAUGAAACCGAGAUAGAUUUUUUUUUUUAAUUGAAAA